AUGGUCGUUCUUGCCCAUGUUACCAAAAAAACAGAAAUUUACGAAAAUGAACCUUAUCGCUUGAAUGUUGAGCAAUGUGCUGAAAUAUGCCUAACUGACGUAGUUAAUGGGUUGCAAGAUUCGCAAAUUGCCGGCUUAACCCACAAGUAUGGCCUCAACAACUUGGGCGAUGACCACACCAUCUCUUAUUUGCGAAUUCUCGCUCAUCAAGUGUUCAACGCCAUGGUUCUUGUAUUGAUAAUCUCUAUGGUUAUUGCAUUUUGCAUUAGAGAUUGGAUUUCUGCAGGCGUUAUCGGCUUUGUGGUCUUUGUCAAUGUGUUUGUAGGCUUUAUUCAAGAAAUCAAAGCAGAAAAGACCAUGGGCUCGUUGCGGUCCCUAAGCUCUCCUUCGGCUACUGUUGUUAGGAGUGGGAAAACCAGCACUAUCAACGCGGAAGAAUUAGUUCCUGGUGAUAUUGUCAAAAUUAGUGUUGGUGAUACCAUUCCUGCAGAUUUGCGUUUAAUACAAGGUGUAAACAUUGAAACCGACGAGGCCUUAUUGACAGGUGAAUCUUUGCCAGUCGCUAAAAAUCCUGAGAAAACUUAUACGAAUCAAGAACCUAUUCCCGUUGGUGACCGAUUGAAUAUUGCCUAUUCCUCCUCAGUUGUCACCAAAGGCCGUGCCACUGGUAUUGUGGUGGCUACAGGAUUGCACCAAGAAAUUGGGAAAAUUGCUGAUUCUUUGAAAUCUUCUGAUGAAGCCAUUAUUGUUAAACCGUCCCCUGAAAUCUCUACUAUCAAGGCAGUUGCUAAAACUUCUUUGAAUAUUAUUCAAAACGUUCUAGGAACCAAUGUUGGUACCCCAUUGCAACGGAAAUUGUCUUGGAUGGCAAUCCUUCUUUUUUUUGUCGCAGUUAUUUUCGCAAUUGUGGUUAUGGCCUCCCAUAAGAUGGAUGUUAAUAGGAGUGUCGCUAUUUAUGCCAUUUGUGUUGCCUUAUCAAUGAUCCCAUCAUCCCUUGUUGUUGUUUUGACCAUCACUAUGGCUGUUGGUGCUGAUGUUAUGGUUAGCAAAAAUGUUAUUGUUAGGAAGCUAGACUCUCUUGAAGCUCUAGGAGGAAUUGAUGAUAUUUGCUCGGAUAAAACUGGAACAUUGACCUUAGGAAAAAUGAUUGUGAAAAAAGUUUGGGUUUCUACAGUGGGAACAUAUAUGGUGGAUGAUUGUAAUGAAGUGUACGACCCAACAGCUGGCAAAGUGGUGUUCUAUCCUGCCUCUCCAAAACUGAUUGAUGAAUUGGAACAUAGACCAAAGUUCACUAACGAAGUUCAAUAUCCUGAAAUUUUUAAAAAAUGGAUAACUGUGGCGACUUUGGCAAACGUGGCAUCGGUUCAUAAUAAUGACGGAAAAUGGGGAGCUCAAGGUGACGCCACUGAAAUUGCGAUUUGUGUUUUUACCAAGAGAUUAGGCUAUGAUAGGACUGAAUUUAUUGAGUCACAAAAGUUGAAACAUUUACAUGAAUUUCCUUUUGACUCAUCCAUUAAGAGAAUGUCUUCAGUUUAUGUUUCUGAGAAGAAAACAAAAGUUUAUAGUAAAGGUGCAGUGGAGCGGAUUCUUGAGAGAUGUGAAUCUUGGUAUGGCCCUGGCUCCAAUAAAGAAGAGCUUAUUCCUUUGACUGCUAAUGAUAAAUCAUUUAUUGAAGAAAAUAUGAACAGUCUUUCAAAAGAAGGUCUUAGAGUUUUGGCAUUUGCCGAACGUAUAAUUGAUGCGUCAGAAUAUCUCGAAGAUCGUGACUCCGUUGAGUCGGGUCUUACCUUUCUUGGAUUGGUCGGCAUAUAUGAUCCACCUCGCCCUGAGACUAAGGAAUCUGUCCGUCUUUGUCAUAAUGCCGGGAUCAAUGUCCAUAUGUUGACAGGUGACAUGUUAGGUACUGCCAGAGCCAUUGCCAAAGAAGUAGGAAUCCUUCCUUCAAACCUUUCUCAUUAUUCUCAAGAGGUGAAUGAUAGCAUGUGUAUGACAGCUACCCAAUUUGAUAAGCUAUCAGACAAAGAAAUUGAUAUGUUGCCAGUGUUACCUCUUGUGAUUGCCAGGUGUGCGCCUCAAACCAAAGUUCGGAUGAUUGAAGCAUUACAUCGUCGUGGAAAAUUUUGUGCAAUGACUGGUGAUGGAGUGAAUGACUCUCCAUCUCUUAAAAAAGCUGAUGUUGGGAUUGCUAUGGGUCUUAAUGGCUCGGACGUAGCUAAAGAUGCUGCUGAUCUUGUGUUGACAGAUGAUAACUUUGCUUCAAUCUUGCACGCUAUCGAAGAAGGUCGUCGUAUGUCGAGUAAUAUUCAAAAGUUUGUGUUACAAUUGCUUGCUGAAAACGUGGCACAGGCGUUAUACUUGCUUGUGGGAUUAGCUUUUAUUGAUAGUGAUGGGUACUCAGUGUUCCCGUUAUCACCGGUUGAAGUGCUCUGGAUUAUUGUUGUGACUUCAUGUUUUCCGGCAAUGGGCUUAGGGCAAGAACAAGCGAGCGAUGAUAUUCUUGACUUGCCACCAAACAAAACAAUCUUUAGCAAAGAGUUGGUACUUGAUAUGUUUGUUUAUGGUGCAUGGAUGGCCCUUUGUUGUAUUGUCAUUUUUGUUAGCGUGGUAUAUGGUUUGGGAGAUGGGAAUUUGGGGGAAUCUUGUAAUACAAGCAGUGUGGGAUGUAACUUGGUAUUCCGAGGCCGUUCCGCCGCAUUUUCUGGAUUUACUUGGUGUGCCUUAUUAUUAGCAUGGGAAUGUGUUCAUGUAAGGUAUUCGUUUUUCAAUAUGCGGCCCGAAUCAAAAACCCAGUGGUAUGUUUCUUUAGCCAGAGAUCUCUGGGAAAAUCAAUUUUUGUUAUGGUCAAUAGUUCUUGCCAGUGUGUCGGUGUUUCCGGUAAUCUAUAUACCUGUUAUCAACAACAAAGUGUUUUUGCAUGGUUCAAUUGGACGUGAAUGGGGGAUUGCUAUUGCAUUCACAGUUCUAUUCCUCAUUGGUUGUGAGGGAUGGAAAUGGGCAAAGAGAGUUUACUUUAGAAGAAAAAAUCCAAAAUUUUGUGACGAUAAUGAAAGUAAGGAUCCUUUUGUCGAGUUUUACAGUGAUGGUAAGUCUGCUAAUAUCUAUUGA